ACCACCACUGGCAGUGGCAGUGGCGGAGGGCCUGGGUUCGCAAAGUUUUCGGUUUGGUGGCCAUUGUUGGGCUGGCCGCUGAAGGCUCUUCAGUUUUGGGCGCCAUAUUAUUCGCAACGCAAUGCUGCAUAGCUGCCGCUGAAGCUGCAACUCAGAAUGGCCUUGUCACACGCUGCAGAGGUCUGUUCUUCUGGCUUGUUCUCAACCACCCAGAAUUUCCACAACUCCGCCCGACCAGCUCAGCCAAUUCCUCUUGCCAGCACUUUCUUCGGUAGCUCUCGCAAAUUGGACCAGAAAACCUGGUCACUAAUUACAGAUGUGCAGAAGUCGCAGCGGAAGGGCAAUGCCACACGAGCGUCAGCCGCCGGAAGCGGCAACUCGUUUGGUAGGUUCUUCAAAAAGGUGCUGAACAGCACGCCCAUUCUUGGGCUUGUGUCAAACCUGGCUGUGGACGCAGGCAAUUCCUUUGUGCACUACUCGCAGUUUGGCAGGCAAGUUGCAGACAAGGCAACACGGGCGACGGACGAGGCGUUUGCGGAUCUUGAGGCAAUCCAUGGGAAGCCCGCCCGUUUCGGUCACGUCCUCUUCUGCUGCUGGAUUGCCUCCUCUGGUGCGGGCCUUCUCCGGAGGGACGACGUCCUCGUUGCCGCCAAGCGGCUGCGCUACUCUUUGGAUCUGCAGUUCGAAGUGGAGAAUCAGGAGCGGCUUAUGCAAGAGGCGGUAGCCAAGGUUGAAAAAUUGAAAAAGCCAUUCCCAGACCCUCCGCUAGUCGCACGAAUGGACGUGGCAGUGCAGACCUUAUGCAAGUGCUGUAUAGGCCGAGACUAUAUCUCAGAAGAAGACAGCAGAAUACUUCAGUUAGUCUUGAAGGCGUGCUUUUCGGAGGCAACGAGUCCAAUGAUCGAGGAUGUGCUGAGGCCAUAUCUAGAGCGGGACAACGAAGUCGAGAUAUCUAGUUCAGAUGCUGUAACAACUUGACCACGGGCUGACUCGCGUCGGACCGUCCGGCUAAAGAGGACUGCAUUGAAAGACGUUGGGAGUACCACUUAUUAUCUAUCACUCCGAUUCAUUCAUCCACUCCGCCC